AUGGAUGAUUUUGUUGCUACGAUGCCGGACACUAGAAGGCAGCACUAUGAGAACAAAAUGGCGCCAGCCUCCCCGGGCUCUGAGAGCGCGGGAGAACCCCAGAUGGAGGACACCCAGGUCAGUGAGCUGGCCCAGAUUAGAGCUGAACUUGCCCAAAUAUCAACAAAAAUGCUUACCAAAGCGGACACUGGCUCCUUGGUCCAGGAAAUCCGCGCAGCCCUACGUUUGGAACUUGCCGACAUGCACUCCGAUCUGACAGCGCUGGAACAAAAGGGUGGACGAAAUGGAGACAACCGCCCAGGGCUGCGAGGAGCAACACAGGGCGACGGAGGUGGCGGUUACCAGGCAGGGGAACAUGCUCCUCACGCUACGCAGGCAAGUGGAGAACUUUGA